AUGCGUACAUCCUUCGCCGUUCUGGCCCUCUCGGCCAUCGCUGCGGUUUCUGCCCAGCGCAAGGUCUACUCCAACACAGACGUCAACGUCGCUGCCAUUGACCUGAACCUGAAAGCUUCCUGGUGCACCGGUCAGCGCAACACUUGCAAUAUCCUCUGUGAUCGCACUACCGCGAAUGAUUGUGAACCGACCACCCUCAAGUACACAUGCACUUGCAACAACGGCACCGCUCCCGGUCUUGAGUACUACAAGCAGACUAUCCCCACCUUCAUCUGCCUCCAGGCAUUCGAGGACUGCAUCCAGGCCAACGUUGGCGAUUCUCGUGGCCAAGGCAACUGCACCACGAACAUCAGGUCCCAGUGUGGAACGAUUGACGCCCAGGAAAAUGACGCUGCUACCACCACCACCACCACUUCCGCCCCUACCAACACCCCUGCUGGAACUGGCUCUGGUACUACCGGUAGCGGCUCCCAAGCUUCUCAAACUCCCGCCACAUCGAGCUCGCAGGCUUACGCUGCUCCCACCGCUGCUCCUGCCCGCUACGGAAAUGCUGCCGCGGUUGCUGCCAUUGGUCUCUUCGCCUACAUGCUCUAA